CGAAGAUGGCGAGCAGAGGAUCUGGAAACUGGGCUUUAGUAGAGCAUCAACACCACAGCCGGGCAAGCAGAGUGUACCGCUUUCAGAUCCUGUUGCCAAAUGGCACGAGCACUGGCCUCACUCUGAAAGAUCCUGGAGAGGAGAUGCCGCUUCAUGAUUUCUUAGAUCAUAUUAGAACAGAGUUGGAGGAUGUCCCCAUGGAUGGUGAUGACAGGCGGGGAAUUGACUGGAGUGGCGAUGUUUAUCUAGAGGACCUACUGGACAGAAAGAUACACAAGGAAUUGCAGUUCAGUGAUUUUCUCACCAACAGUACUAAUAUAUUAAGACUCCAGGAUGGUGAAGGCUUUGUCAGAACAUUUGAGAAUAUGUGGGACCUUACACCUCCAACUGAACUGCUCCAAGAGCUUCCAGCAGAGUAUAGCACUGAGAGUGCUCUCGCAGACCUUAUUGACAACUCAUUACAGGCUUUAUGGUCAAAUGGUAAGAAAGAUAGAAAGCUGAUCAGGAUAACUAUUGACCAAGAGAAGAUGGUGAUUUUUGAUACUGGUAGGGGGAUGGACGGUUCAGAUGAGAAUUCUAUCUCUAAAUGGGGUACAAUUGGUUCUUCUAACCACAGAGUAUUUCGGGCAAAAGGUAUUGGCGGGAAAGCGCCAUAUUUAGUGCCUUUCUUUGGCAUGUUUGGCUAUGGUGGAACUAUUGCGUCGAUGCAUCUUGGAAGACGUGCCAUAGUUUCAUCAAAAACGAAGGAAUCAAGGAAAGUGUUUACCUUGCAUCUUUCGAGGGAGGCUCUGUUGGCGAAGUCCUCGUCUAAACUUAGCUGGAAGACUGCUGGAGGAGUUAGGGAUCCAUCUGAAGAAGAGUUGACAUUGUCGCCACAUCAAAGUUUUACCCAGGUGGAAAUCCAGGGCUUGAAUAGGUGCUUGGAGGCAGCCAAACUUCAAAGAUUUCUGAAGGACAUUUAUUUUCCAUACAUACAGUACGACGAGGAUAAUGGAUCUAUGAAUACAAGGAGGCCGGUUCAGUUUGAGGUGAAUGGUGUAGAUCUAGCAGAAAUACUGGAAAAUGAAGUGACAGUUACUAAUUUGCACUCUUGUGCUGGUCCUAGUUUUAUUCUUGAUGUAACAUUUUCCUGUACUUCAACAACUGCAGGUAACAUAUUCGAAGCCCAUGCACGAAUCAAGUGUGUUUACUUUCCGAUUGUCAAGGGAAAAGAAUCUAUCGACUCUAUUUUGGAAAUGUUAAGAGAAAAUGCCUCAGGGGUAAAAGAGAACUUUGACAAUUUUUCACGUGUGUCAAUCCGCCGACUUGGGCGGUUACUCCCUGAUGCUAGAUGGGGCCCUCUUCCUUUCAUGGAACCUAAACAAAGCAAAGGAAAAAAAGCUGAACUCCUGAAGCGAUGCUGCAAGAGGGUGAAAUGUUUUGUUGAUCUUCCAACAAGCAGUGGCAAACACUUCAAAGAAGAAAGGUCUUCCAAAGUUGCAUCUUGCAGUGGUGACCAACUGAGGGAGACCCAGGCUGUCAUUAAUUGUCAUAUUGAUAGCUUGCCAACAUUGUCUACUGAAAGUGCAGAUCUAAGGAGAGAAAAUGGGAGCCUGAAUAUGUUCAAAAUUCAACUUGUAGAUUUUGCUGGCAGAGAAACCGGCGCCCCAACUGUAGGACCAAACGUCUUUCUCUUCGGCAUUGAUAUUGGCUCUAGUUUGGCUCACAAGGAGAUUGAAGUCCUGAAAUUCCUCGAAAGCUUGGGUGGACAAAGGAAGAUGAAAAACAUCAAUGGGGUCAUCCAGACUGAUUUAGCACAACACGACCUUUUUACCAAGGCACUUCGCUGCUUGGAUGGCAGUUCUCGUAGUGACAGCUCAGUUGAGGAUGUUAAUGUUGAUGUCCGUAGAGGCGGAAGAUCACUAAAUUUUACCCAGUUGGAGAAGCAGUAUCACGACUGGAUUAAUAAUAUGCAUGCACAGUAUGAUGUGGAAAUCGACGAAGGUGACAACGAUCAUACCGUUAUUAUCAACCCAAGCAACAAGGACCGACUUGGAAUAUCUGAAGAUGUCCAAGUCAUUAGAGUUUACACCUCGGUCAGGAGGAAAGGGAAAACAUGGAAAAGAGGAGAUCAUCUGAAAAUCCAACCAGGAGUUCUUGCACGACUGAAAAAUAAUUUCCUCUCAUUGAAAACCAUAUUCUAUGCAACAUUGGAGUAUGUUGUUGGUGAAGGACUUGCAGGAGAUAUUUGUGGUGAAGCUCGACUUAUAUGCAGGUCUAUUGAGUUCUCUGAUAAGCAAGGUUGCUUACUUGAAGAAGGUCCUGAUAGCAUGUGCCUUAACAUCCAAGAAUCUGUCUCCUUCCCUAUCAGCAUGAUAGAUAAUGAUAAGUGUCACACCAUGGGAAAUGAUUCUUGGCGGCAAAUACUUGGGAAGAAAAAGGAGAAGGCUCCAGCAUGUAUUGAAGUCCUAAGGAAUUUGCAAGGCAGUGAUCUCACUAUAGAAAGGGGUCUACCAUUUGAAAAAGUUAUAAUGGCUGGUUAUAAACAUCCACGUGAAAUUAUAGCUGUAAUCCUACCACAGUGUGCAACUACUUGCUCCACCAGCCCCCUUGACAAGAGAUAUAUUCUGAAGGAUGAUGAGAUAGAGAUGGAAAUGGACAUUAAUCAUUUGCCUGGAAGUAAAAAAGACCAUCUCCGUGCAAAUUGUAUUUAUAGGAAGCUCAAGAAGCCCUCAUCGCGUGAUAGCAUAAACGGGCUGUAUAUCUUUCAGUUGAGCGAAGAUUCAAGCAUCUUUACUAAAUCUGGUGUUUACCAAUUUAUAUUCUCGGUUAGGUGCAAAGAUUCAAGUAUCAUUACGCAUGAAACAGAGAUAACAGUUUGUCCAAACUCCAAUACUAGACGUUGGCAACUAUCCAGCGUUGCUGAUUGUUCUGCUGGCAAUGCUGUAGUAAAUAUAAGGCUUGGGGUGCCAGUUAGAUGUCUUGGAGUUAGAAGCCAUGAUUCGUAUGGAAAUGCAAUUCCUUUCCAAGAUAUACGUAAGGCUGUCAUAACUAUAGUUGAUGGUAAUUAUAUUCUGGCCCAAGUUGAGGAUAUCGAAGUGGAACUCUCAUCAGAUUCAAUGACUCUGAAUAUUAGGGACUUCCUGUUCAAAAGCAGCAAAUUGGACAUAAUAAGGCCAAAGUAUGAAGCGAUGUUAAAGAUAUCUUUAUCUGAUAAUGAGUUCUCUCAUCUAUGUCCAUGUAAAGUUAUGCCAGGUCUUCCGUCAACCAUUAACAUGGAUAUGUGCCUUGCCUGGGAGAAGAAUUUAACUCCUGGGGAAGUUAUUGAUGAUGCCCUUCUAGAGGUGUUCGACCAUUGUGGUAAUCAUGUUGAAGAAGGGACGGAACUUAUUGUCGAAAUUGUUGGAUUCUCAUUUGUAGAUAAACAUGGACAUGUUCGAAAGGUAAAUAGUGAAGGGUUUGUUGACCUAAGUGGACUACUUAGAGUUAUUAAUGGAUUUGGUUCACAAGCUUGUUUGAAGAUUUUUCAUCAUGAGAAAGAGAUUUUUGCUACAACAUUUCAGAUUUCUAUCAGGAAUUUGGAAGCUGUUGAGGUUCCACAAAGUUGUCAAGCUGGCACCUUAUUGGAGAACAUUAUAUUUGAAGUUUUCGACAGCAAUGGACUGAUUGAUGAGUCAAUACAUGGACCCCUCCAUACACUGAGCAUCAGGUCGAAUGAAAAACUUGUGGAAGGAGCACAAUAUACAUUUGAACGUGGAAGAUGUAUUGUUUCUCGUGUGCCGGUUCCUCGUGAACCAGGAACAGUCACUUUUGUGGCAUACCAUACACAUUUUCCUGACCUAGAAACAACAAUUCAGAUUCCUGUUUAUACUCUUGAUUUGGUGCCCGUCAAAGGGGAGAACGAAUCUGAACCUAUAUGCAGCUACCCAACUUCAUCUGUAUCAAGUCAAAAUACUAUACCUCCAAGUCAACUGGUUCUUAGUCAAUCUAACAGUCUUGCUUCAAACAUUCUGGGGAAAUUUUCUGAUGAGAUUCAAGAAAUUGAUUCUGAGAUAUGCUCUCAAGAAGUUCUGAUUAAAGCUUUUGAUUCUCGUAAGAAAACAUUGGAGAAUGAUAUUGUCAAUCUGCAAGAUGAGAUUAGCCACACAGCUGGAUCAGCCACUGGUGCAAAAGAGUUGACUCGUCAUAAAAUUGAAGAGAAUGUUGGUACUGCUGCUGCUGUUCUAUGCACUCUCUCCAGCAGACAAUGUUUGAUGGAUGAUGUUGUCGGUAUUGUUGCUCUUCUCGGAACUGUUGCAGACAGAAAAAUGAGCAGGAUGCUUUCUCUGUAUCUUGGUGAAGACAACAUGCUAGCAGUGGUUUGCAAGACACAGGCUGCUGCUAAUUACUUUGAGAAGUAUGCCGCUGAUGGAAGUGUGGAUGUCCACUUUGGUAUUCAUCAGGAGGCAGCUAACCUAGGAGCUCCUAUAAGAAAGAGAUUUCCUAUCAUUUGCCUCGAUUUAAUAAGGCCAUACACUGGAGGCCUCCAUUUGAACACAAAGCAAAAGCCGCUAGCUCUGCCGUUUCCACAUUCCAAGGGAUUUCGUGGGUUUGCGGUGAACAUGAUCGAUCUUUCCCCAGAGAGUUUGACGAUAGUCACAGAUGGAUAUGGUCUCCGUGAAACCUUAUUUUAUAGGCUCUUUGGAGAGCUUCAAGUCUAUGAAACACGCGAGGAUAUGUGGCAAGCCAUUCAUCAUCUGAAGAAUGGGGCUAUAUCUUUGGAUGGUGGGAUUAUAAAGGGUGAUGGCAUGCUGAUCCUUGGAUACAGUGACCCAGAGGUGACUUUUCCUGUUGUCCCACGUAGUGCUCUGGACGUUGAGGAAGACGACUCUGAAUAUGUGUGUAACAAAAUAAAAACGAUGCAUGCACAGAUGGGUGUUGUAAAAACUUUGGAGAACAGGAUAAGAGCAGCAGAAGAGCAAAAGCAGAAAUUGGUGAUGGAGCGCAACGAGAGAAAACGUAAGUUUGAUGAGAUAUCGGAGGUACUGAGCCAGCCCAGUGGCAGUGGCGACCACCAGCUUUAUGAGUAACACCCAGGGCAGACAUUACUAGACAGUAAGAAUGGGGUGUAUGUAGAU